GAAUUAAAACUAUAUUUUUUGCUGUACAAUAUAAGUGUACAAUACUCAAUUUGUGCGGCAGUUUAGAUAAGGUCGUGUUGCGGAAUGUGCGUUUAAAUAUAAUAAACAACAAUAAAACGUCAUUGUGUUUCAUCCGCACACGGAAUAGCGAGUGUGAAACGAUUCGAUUUGUUUUAAAAUCGGAAAAAAACCACCGCGCGUUUAUAUUAUUCAGCUAUUCGCGAGAAUUUCGUCAGAAUUUUUUUUUGUUGCGAAAUACAUGCCGAAAUCGAAUUAUUCCGCCUAGCAAAACGUGCCGAACGAUGCGUCGUUAAAUGUCAAAAUAGUUAACUAACCCUGCAGGCUGCAAUAAAUGCCAAUCGCGCGGAAGAGCGACAGCAACCACGGUCCCACCGAAGAGUACCCCCCAAUCCGAGAGGAAAUUGUGAUAAACGCCGCCAGUGUAAAGCAACAACAGUGAACCCCGCAAUACAUGCAACAUGGAUAACAGUGGAGUGCAGAAUAACACUACAUCGGCCGAGGCCGACAAAAUAGUCCUCUACUCCCAGCCCGCCUCGCCAGCAGCCGCAUCCACGGCCAGCCCUGCCAGAAGCAGCGGAAGCAGCAUAAAUCAUUCCCCAGCAUCUGGCAGUAGCGGCAUCGAUGAACGCCUGUCACCCACGAUGAAUGCGGGGUCACUUUUCACGCCUAAGAAGGAGUUUCCCAGCGCCAAGAUGCUGCAGACGAUCCGCGAGAAGCUGCUCACGCCGGGUGGGGCCUGCGAGUUGCUGGCCCUGGGCAUCGCCGCCGAGCCAACUGACCGUGGGUUGGCCGGGGAGCAGCCGGUGAAGCUGAUCAAGAACCGCUACCUGAUCAGUGCCCAACCUAGUCACAUUUCAGCCGCUGCGGCGGCCAAAACACCUGCCUCGUAUCGCCAUCUCAUCGAUCUCACGUCCUCGAACCUCAAGUGCGUGGACGUCUUUAGCGGGGAACAGUUCCUCUGCCGAAUCAUCAACGAGCCGCUGGACAAGGUGCAGCGGGCCUACUUCCAGCUGCAACAGGACGAGCUGCUGUGCCGCAGCACUAUCUACGGCCACUCGCUCAUCCGACCCGUGCACGACAUUGUGCCGUUGUCCAAGGACCGCACCUACAUCAUCAUUGCGCAAGCGCAGCCGGGACGCGACUCUGUCGGUUGCCACACGGGCGUCUACGAGAACCUGCACACCUACAUCAGGCACGAGAAGCGACUGUGCGAGGCGGAGGCGCGUGCCAUCUUCCACCAGAUAUGCCAGACGGUACAGGUGUGUCACCGCAACGGCAUCAUCCUGCGGGACCUCAAAUUGAAGCGUUUCUAUUUCAUCGACGAAGCCAGAACAAAACUGCAGUACGAAUCGUUGGAGGGCUCUAUGAUCCUUGAAGGCGAGGACGACACACUGAGUGAUAAAAUCGGCUGUCCUUUAUAUACAGCACCGGAGCUACUGUGUCCCCAGCCGACGUAUAAGGGCAAACCAGCCGACAUGUGGUCACUUGGCGUGAUUCUGUACACGAUGCUCGUCGGACAGUAUCCAUUCUACGAGAAGGCCAACUGCAACCUCAUCACUGUGAUCCGUCACGGCAACGUGCAGAUACCCACUUCGCUCUCAAAGUCGGUGCGGUGGCUCCUGUUGUCGCUGUUACGCAAGGACUACAUGGAACGCAUGACCGCCACCCACAUCUUUCUGACGCCGUGGCUGCGGGAGCAGCGUGCGUUCCAUCUCUAUCUGCCCGUGAAUGUGGAAGUGGCCGAGGAUUGGGACGAAACGGGGGACAGCGAUGAUGCCGCUGCAGUCAUCGACGAAGAUGAAGGCGGGCUCUGCCCCCUGGGGGAUAAGCACGAGUAUGCGGAUAUCGGUGUAGAGCCACUCGACUAUACGCGCAGUACACUGCAAAUGGCCCAAGCCAAUGCAUUGAGUGCGGACGUGGAAAUGGGCUGAUCGACGCACCGGAAGUCCCCCACGGGUUGCUUUUAUGGUGACGCUUGGAAGCAGCGUUAGCUGCUUCUCCAUUCAGUUGAAGCUGAGGAAACAAAAAAGCACAUGGCCUCGCCGAGUGGUGUCAUGGCAAUGCAAUUGUGGCUAUGGGUUGCUCCCACACUAUUCCGGUCCGAUCCGCUCCGGUUCGGGGCGCGCUUAAACUGAAUGCGUUCCACAUCUUCCUGCAGGUGGUACUGCCAACAAAGACUUAAAGCCUCGCUUAAACUCUCUCAGACACAAGAACUCACUGCCUUCCAAUAAACACAAUGACGGAGAUUUGUUUAUGAAUUCGUUCUUCGUACUCUCUCGCCUUUGUAACCGAUUCUUCCUAAAACAAAAACCAACUUAUGUACAAUAUUACAUUAUAAUUUUUUGUAAACUGUUGAUCUUAUCAAAAGACAGUCGCCCUGAUUUUUUUUUUUUUUU